AUGGACUCCGAGAAACGCACAAGUCAAUCAGUUGAUGACAAGAUAAAUACUCCUAAAAGUAAAAUAAAAUGUAGAAAAAGAUCAAUAACUGAUGAAGAUGAAGAUUCUGACAUUGAUGUUUUGGAGACUCCAGUAAAAACACGUUCACGCAGAAUUUCAGAAUCAUCUUUUAUAAAAUCGAAUGACGAGACAAAUACAUCAGCAUCUAAACGUCUAAGAAAACCGGUAGAAAGAUAUGGUUGUGCAGCAGAUUUCAAUUCUACUCCUGAAAAAAAACGCACAAGACAAUCGGUUGAUGAAAACAUAAAUACUCCUAAAAGUAAUAAAAAUGGUAGAAAAAUAUCAAUAAUCAACAAAGAUGAAAAUGCAGAUUUUGACAUUAAUGUUUGGAAGACUCCAACAAAUAAACAUUUAAGACAAUCUAUCACUUCUCGUUCUGGUUCAAAAGUGCGUCGAAGUAUCCUAGGAGAUAUACCAGAAAAUAAAGAAAUUGAGAUUUCUACACCAAAGACGCCCAGAAAAACUCCCAAAACCCACGUUAAAAACUUGACAGCUUCAGCGAGUAAAAGAUUGGAUAGUGGAGCAAAGAUUCCAUGUAGUCCUUUAGAAAAAGCUAGAGCAAAUUUACAUUUACAUGCGGCUCCUAAACAUUUACCUUGUCGUGAAGUUGAAUAUAAAUCUAUACAUUCUUUUUUAGUUAGAAAAAUUAAUGACGAGUUAACAGGGAGUAUGUAUAUUAGUGGUGUUCCUGGUACUGGAAAAACGGCAACAGUUAAGAGAGUAAUAGAUUCACUAAAUGCUGAUUUAUUAAUGAAACACAGUUUUAAAUUUGUUGAAAUAAAUGGCUUAAGGCUUGCAAAUCCACACCAAGCAUUUUCAGUGAUAUGGAAAGAGUUAACUGGAGAAACAGUAUCAUCUUCUCGAGCUCAAACACUUCUUAAUGACCAUUUUUCUAACAAAAAAGUUAAAGAGUUAUCUACAAUUUUAUUGGUCGAUGAAGUGGACCAUAUUUGUAAUCGUAAACAAGAUGUUGUAUAUAAUAUACUUGAUUGGCCUAGUCAAACUGGUUCAAAAGUGGUUGUAAUAACAAUUGCUAAUACUAUGGAUUUACCUGAACGAGUAUUACGAGGAUGUGUAACUAGUAGAAUGGGAUUGACCAGAUUAGUAUUCAAGCCAUACACAUUCCAGCAGUUACAAGAAAUAAUUAUGAAUAGAUUGAUUGGUAAUUCUUCAUUUGAUCCAGAUGCUGUUCAAUUGGUAGCAAGGAAAGUAGCAGCGGUAUCAGGUGAUGCAAGACGAGCUCUGGACAUAUGUCGGCGUGCUAUUGAUUUAGUCAAGUCUGAAGAUGAAUCACAAUUAAUAACUAUUAACCAUGUUAAUCAGGUGUUAAAUGCGAUACUUUCUGGUGUCCGUGUAACAGCUAUUAGGUGCUGUUGUCUCUUUGAACAAUUUUUCCUCAGAGCACUUAGAGAUGUUACAUCAAGUACAGGUAUUGAGCAUAGUACUAUUGAUUCAGUUUACACACAACUGAAAACCAUUUGCUUGCUUGAAGGCGAAGAAUUGCCAAAUGAGCAACAAGUUCUUAUGAUGGCAUACCGAUUAAGGGAUAGCGGUCUUAUAUUUUUGGAAAAGAAACGAUGGGACAUAUUCCGUAAAGUGUCACUCAACGUCAGUCCAGAAGAUAUAAGUUAUGCAUUAGAUAAAUAUAAUGAUUAG